AUGGUCCCUAUAUAUAUAAUAACAAACGCAUUACAAAUUUUUCCAUUUCAUGUCAACCGCAACGGUCACUUCAACGUCGAUGACGACGACAACAACUUUGAACCCCACUCAGGUGGGGGCUUUGAUCUCAUCUCGGGUCAUCAUCAAAACUCCGGUGGUAUGGCCUCACGCUGCCCCAGAGGCCAACCACCUGGCUCAAUGAACAAGCCAAAGUCGUCGAUGAUCAUCACACGAGAGAGCGCAAACACUCUCCGGGCCCACAUCUUGGAGGUCGGAAGCGGCUGCAACGUCUUUGACUUUGUCGCCACCUAUGCCCGGAAGCGGCAGCGUGGGAUUUGUGUCCUCAGCGGAAGCGGCACCAUCACCAACAUCACGUUUUGGCAUCUCGCCGCAACCGGAGUCGUGGUGACCCUCCACGGAAGGUUCGAGAUAUUUUUCCUUUCGAGAUCGUUCUUGCCCUCGCCUGCGCCACCGGGCGCCACCAACCUCACUGUAUUCUUGGCCGGUGGACAAGGUCAGGUGGUCGGUGGGAAUGUUGUUGGAGCCCUAGUUGCAGCCGGUCCGGCCAUUGUGAUAGCUUCCUCUUUCACGAACAUGGCAUAUGACUCUUUUUUUUCAGACCAGCACAAUUUUUCACAUCCGAUUUACAUAACCGAUUCAACAGGUAUAAAGUUUAAAAAAGAAAAACAUCAAAAUUGUUCAUAG